AUGAUCUUAAUAAUAAACUUAAUGAAGAAGUUAAUGCAGGGUUCGGCAAAAUUAACACCGAACUUAAUAGUAAACUUACCAGCGGAAGCUGAAAAAAAUAAGGCAUGUGAUGAUGACUUCACUAGGGAGGUGCAGAAAAUUUUUUCAAUGGUCAAUAACAUAACUAUGAAAGUUAAUAAUAUCGAAGAAGCCUGCCGUAAUGAAUUUAGCAGAAUUAAUGUUGUUAUCAAAAAUCUCCAAAAUGAAACAAAUCAACAUUACGCAGUAGUUCAAAGAUCUGAUUUUGAUCAACAAAGUGUGUCCAAUGAAUCUGAAGCUAAUUCGACCAAUGAAUCUGAAACUAAUUUGCGAGACUCUUCAACUAAUUCGUCUCCAAGCUCUUCUUCUGGAAGUUCCAAUUUAUCUGGAAUUUUUGAUAUUACUGGAGACAUUAAAAUUCGCUUUAAACAACACUUUGAUCGACUUAUGAAAGUGAGGAAUUAUACUUUUGAUGAGAUGUGCUUCUUGGUAGUAGUUGAUAUUCGUAGUCUUGGAGGAAAUAUUAAGAUUUCAACAGUGAAAAAUUUUUAUAAUGGUGUUAGUGGUAAUAAAGUUAGCACAAUUAAUCAGAUAAACGCAUGGGUAGCUAGUUUUAAUAAUAAUGUGGAGUAGUGGGGAAGGAAUCGCCAUUAUAUGGGUUGGGGCUCAGCAGGCAUUUAUGCUUUAUUCCUCCCUUAAAACAUCCUGCUACUCUAUUAUUUUUUACUUUCAUUUUUACUUAUCCGGCCGGCCAUUUCUCAUAUAUUGUAUUAUUUUAUAAAAAAAAUAUAAUAAAGAUUUCACUUCGAAUUUUUUAAAUGUGUGUGUUUUAUUUAAAUACAGUAUUAAUAAAUUUUGUGUUCGCUUAUCAGUUAUCAUUUGCCCAUAUAA